GGCGUGUCAAAAACAAAGCGUCUUUUUAUAGGUGAUUGUGUUAAUUUUUCAUCUGAAAUUUUCAUAUAACAUUGUUUAUUUGUUCCAUAAGAAUUAUAAAAUACCUCAAAUAAUUGGGGCAUACACAGAACUCAAAUCAUAAAUUGAUUAUAAAAAAGUGUGUAAUUAGGAAUAAAUCGUUAAACGGCAUAACCUCUAAAAAUAGUGACAUAAAUAAUAAAGGAAAAUGAAAGAAGAAGCAGAGACGAAUAGAAAAUUGCCGCCUAAAUUGAUGGGUGGAAAUACAUGUAGUGCAAAUACAUUGACUACAAAUACCCCUAGCAAACAGCAAAGUGAUGAAAUCCUCAGCGCUUUAUUGCGUAUGAAUAAUUUUGAUUCGAUAUCAAGCAUCAAGGAUGAAUCACUGGACAUAGAUCUAUCGGCAUGUGUUACCAUCACGGGCGACCCAUCAGGGAUAAUAGGAGGAAACAGUCUAUCUUCUUUGGACUUUUGGCGGGUCUUAGAUGAGAGUGCUCAAACAACUCAACUCGAUAAUGGCAGCAGUUGCAGUAGCGGCAACAAGGAUAGGCCUUCGUCACCAUCAGCUUCCAGCAUUAUAGCUUUAACCACUGACUAUAAAAGCGAGCUGAAAGACGUACUAAAAAAACAACAAACCGAUUUUAGUGGUACUUUCUUGCGACCCGAAGCACCAUCAUCAACGGGUAUUGGCUUUAGUCCUCUUAAGCGUGCAGCCAAACCUAUGCCUACGGAGCAAAUUGUUAAAUUUGAUAUGCAACAAUUGCGAGACAAAUCUCCUACGGGAAAUUCAAUGAAAUUAGAAGGAAUCCCUUGGUUAGCUCCUAUCUACAUACAGUCAAUACCAAAGACCAUCGAAAGCAAUAUCACAAAAAAUAUGGAAACCGUGAACAAGGUGGCACAGAUUAAGAACGAAAUAAAUAUAAUUCCGAAUCCAUCAACGCCACCGCCUUUAGUAAUUUUGGACAAUGGAUGUCAAGAUAUACCAAAGUCAACAGCCGAAUUACUAUAUCAGUGCCUCGAUUGUGAAGGGAAUGUAUUUCAAGAUGCAAACGAGUUAUCCAAACAUACAAAUCAUCGAAUAAAUUAUAAAUGCUCGGAAUGUGAAAAAGAAUUUGAUCUGGAAACGUCUCUAAAAAAACACUUGAAAACCCAUCGACCGCUAGAUGCGCGCAAGGAUGCAUGGAAAAAGUGUCCAGAUUGUGGCAAGUGCCUUAAACUUGGUAGUAUGUGGAUGCAUCGCAAAAUUCAUGCAGAAAAUAAAAAAUACGGUUGUGAUAUUUGUGGGCAAAAAUUUGUUCAAAAAAUUAAUCUCACUCAUCACACUAGAGUUCAUACUGCUGAAAAACCUUAUGAGUGUUCCGAAUGUCAAAAGCGUUUUCAGGAGCGUAGCCAUUUACAAAGACAUCAAAAAUAUCAUGCUCAAACACGAUCGUACCGCUGCGAUAAGUGUGGUAAAAUGUACAAAACUGAACGAUGUCUGAAGGUGCACAAUCUAGUGCAUUUGGAGCAAAGACCAUUCGCUUGCACAGUUUGCGACAAAUCGUUUAUUUCGAAUUCCAAAUUAAAGCAACAUUCUAAUAUACAUACGGGGGAAAGACCUUUCAAAUGCAAUUAUUGUCCUAGGGAUUUUACAAAUUUUCCCAACUGGCUAAAGCAUACUAGACGCCGUCAUAAGGUCGACCAUAAGACUGGUGAAAUGCUUGAAAAUAUUCCUUCAUAUUGCUCAAAAAAGUCAACACGUACUCCAAAGGAAAAGAAAAAUAAUGAAAGCGCCAUUGCAAUAACAACGGCUGCAACAGCGGCCAACACAAAACCGACAGAGCCGGUAUUGCCUGUCCAAGGUAACAAGGCAAUUCAAAAAAUCAAUCAAAAAGACAACUCUGAUCUCAUAAAAUCGAAUGUUAAGCAAUUAACGUCUUUAAAUGCUGUUAACAAGGCUGUUAAUAUUGCAACGUCAACCACUGACAAGUUGGGAACAUCAGCUCCGCCGCCCUUGGCUAAAAUGCCUACAAAACGUAAAAAGAAACUGUCGCCUGCAUCGGAUGUGGAACUGAAAAGAAACCAAGAUGGAAUUCAUUAUAAAUCGAGAACUACAACGUCACAGAAUAUCACCUUAGCUACGAAUGGAGGGCCGCCACCCUUAACUCUAGUUUUUAACGCAAAACAUAUAAAUCCACCUACGACCAUCACCCUAAAUAAACCUAUGAAAACCAUUGCAAAUCCGACAGUAAAGAAGCCUGAAAAAGCUAAACGGGAACGUAAACAGUCAAUGCCAAAGCAAGUGCAACAGGUUCCGCCGCCACUACUUAUCAAAAAAGAAUUUAUCGAACCAAAUGUCGAUUUGAAGAUAUGUAAUAUAUCGCAUCCGCAAACAGUAAUGCAACCGCAUCAAGCUAAAGCAAAUUUUCCUGAUUUGCACUGUUUGAGCAUUAACUCAGCUGAGGAACUGAUUAUAGAGCAGGCAUUAGAAAUGGAAGAAUGUGGUCUGUAUAAAGCCCCCACAACAGUGGGUGACGUUAUAGUGCAUAAUUUUGCGGAUACUGAUAAUGCUAUAUCAUCGGAAGCUGUGGCAGAUUUACAUUUCAAAAUCAAGCAGGAACAUGAUUUCGAAUUGAAAUUGAAAUCGGAUGAUUUAGAUUUGCUUAAGAAGAGCAUGUGCUCUUCCCUAGAGUCGUCGCCGUUUUCUUCUCCUGCCUCAAUGGAAUUUGCAAGUUCUUCUACGCUCUUAAACACUACCACAGCAGAAUUUGUCGGUAAUAACUUUUAUUUGCCCACUUUCAGCAUUAGCAAUCAAGUUGUAAGCAAUGAUAACGGUAAAAUCGAGCAAACAUCAAAUAGUUCAAUAACAACCGAACUGCCUCAACUUAUCGCUACAAAUAUUUCAGUGCCCCAAAUUAUUCAAGUAGAUAAUAGACCUUCACGUUCCAACGAUCAAACGAUUGUUUCUUCACCAAAGCAAACUAUUAUUAAUCAGGUUUAUUUGCCACUGGCGGUAAAUGCAAGUCCCGCAGUAAUUAUGAAAUCAAAUCAAGCGUUGCCUUCCGUGGACACUUUACUAUUUUCGCAUUCGAAAUUGGGCAUAUUUAAUGGUCGCGGCUUGACUAAGCAAGUGGCAACCACUGCUCAACACAACUUGUCCUAAUCCAAAGUCUAGAAAGGUAAAUGAAAAACAACUCUAUAAUAAUGAAGAAAUUAUGGAGGUGUUAGUCUUAUAAGUCCAAUUUUGUACUCGUUUUGUACCAAUUUACCAAUAUUUGCUGUCAUGUUAUGGGAAAAACAUUUUAACGAUAAAGUUUCACCUUGUAAAACUAAGUUCCGUUUUGCUAUUUUCACUAUAUCAAAGUGAAAAUUUAACAUAUGUUUACAAAUUAAAUGUUUUUUCCUUUCUUUUUUUU